AUGCUGGCGCUGUGGCUGCUGAGCGUCGGGCAGAAGUUGCUGCUCUGGGGCGGGUUGUGCGCGGUCUCCCUGGCGGGCGCCAUCCUCACCCUGAACCUCCUGCGGAUGGCGGCGAGCUACGCGUGGACAUGGCAGCGGAUGCGUGCCGUCCCAACCUUGGAGGGCGCCUACCCCUUCCUGGGACACGCGCUGCUGUUAAAGCCGGACGCGAGAGAUUUUUUUCAGCAGAUGAUUCAGUACACUGAAGAACACCGACACCUGCCACUGCUGAAACUCUGGCUCGGGCCUAUACCUGUGGUGUUCCUUUAUAACGCAGAAAAUGUGGAGGUAAUUUUAACUAGUUCAAAGCACAUUGACAAAUCCUAUAUGUACAAGUUCCUAGAACCGUGGCUUGGCCUAGGACUUCUUACAAGUACUGGAAACAAGUGGCGCUCUAGGAGAAAAAUGUUAACACCCACUUUCCAUUUUACAAUUCUGGAAGAUUUCUUAGAUGUCAUGAAUGAACAAGCAAAUAUAUUGGUUAAUAAGCUUGAAAAAUAUGUUAACCAAGAAGCAUUUAACUGCUUUUCUUACAUCACUCUUUGUGCCUUAGAUAUAAUCUGUGAAACAGCUAUGGGGAAGAACAUUGGUGCUCAAAGCAACAAUGAUUCCGAGUAUGUUCAAGCAGUUUAUAGGAUGAGUGACUCAAUACAUCAAAGAAUGAAGAUGCCCUGGCUCUGGCUUGACCUUUUGUUCUUUAUAUUUAAAGAUGGAUGGGAACACAAAAGGAGCCUAAAAAUCCUACAUAAUUUUACCAAAAACGUCAUCACUGAACAGGCCAAUGAAAUGAAGAGACAUGAAGAAGGUAGAAGUAAUGACAAGGACUUUCCUCCACACAAUAAUAAACGCAGGGGUUUUCUUGACUUGCUUUUAAAUGUGACUGAUGACCAAGGGAACAAGCUGAGUUAUGAAGAGAUUCGAGAAGAAGUUGACACCUUUAUGUUUGAGGGUCACGAUACGACCGCAGCUGCAAUAAACUUGUCCUUAUAUCUAUUGGGUUCGUAUCCAGAAGUCCAGCAAAAAGUGGACAAUGAACUGGAGGAAGUGUUUGGGAGAUCUGAUCGUCCUGCUACCUUAGAUGACCUGAAGAAACUUAAAUAUCUGGAAUGUGUUGUUAAAGAGAGCCUUCGCCUUUUUCCUUCUGUUCCUUUCUUUGCCCGUAAUCUUAAUGAAGACUGUGAAGUUGCGGGUUACAAAAUCGUGAAAGGCUCUCAAGUAAUCAUCAUGCCCUAUGCACUGCACAGAGAUCAAAGGUACUUCCCCAAUCCUGAGGAAUUCAAGCCAGAACGGUUCUUCCCCGAGAAUUCGAAAGGACGUCAUUCAUACGCAUAUGUGCCCUUCUCUGCUGGACCUCGAAACUGUAUAGGUCAAAAGUUUGCCAUGAUGGAAGAAAAGACCAUUCUUUCCUGCAUCCUGAGGCAUUUUUGGGUAGAAUCCAACCAAAAAAGAGAAGAACUUGGUCUGGCAGGAGAACUGAUUCUUCGUCCAAGUAACGGCAUCUGGAUCAAGUUGAAGAGGAGAAACACAAAUGAAUCCUAACUAUACUAUUGGGCUGCUCUCUUACCACAAAAAGGUCUUUCUUUAAAGGAAGCUUUGCAUUUACAGUUCUUAGAUCAUGAACUCAAUAUUCUUAAUCCCUGAACCUAAUUUUUUUCUUGUCCCCACUUACCUUGGGGUCAAGUCUACCAAAGCGAGAGUUUUCAUAUCUCCAUCACCAUCAUAGCUCUGACCCCUGGUCUUGAUACCAAAAGUAAACUGAUGACUGUACCCAAAUAAAUGCAUAAAAGCUUCUCAA